AAGCGGCCGAAGCCGUGACGACUGUGGAGGAGAAGGCCCGGAGGGGCUCUGCGUUUUGGAGUGGCGUUGCUUGGGCCGGUGGCAGAUUGCGGGCUGCGGGUGUCCGGACGGAGGAGAACGGCUAGUGUGUUCGGCAUUUCCCGUCGGGAUCCCCGCAAGGAUGAGUGCUGCCCGGGAGUCUCACCCGCGCGGGGUGAAGCGCUCAGCCUCCCCCGACGAUGAUCUUGGAUCUAGCAAUUGGGAGGCAGCAGACUUGGGCAACGAAGAGAGGAAACAAAAGUUCUUGCGGCUCAUGGGCGCGGGGAAGAAAGAACACACUGGUCGGCUCGUUAUAGGAGAUCACAAAUCAACAUCUCACUUCCGAACAGGGGAAGAAGACAAGAAGAUUAAUGAGGAACUGGAGUCUCAGUAUCAGCAAAGUAUGGACAGUAAACUAUCAGGAAGAUACCGACGGCAUUGUGGACUUGGCUUCAGUGAGGUGGAAGAUCACGAUGGGGAAGGUGACGUGGCUGGAGAUGAUGAUGAUGAUGACGAUUCGCCUGAUCCUGAGAGUCCAGAUGACUCUGACAGCGAUUCCGAGUCUGAAAAGGAAGAGUCUGCCGAAGAGCUGCAAGCUACCGGGCACCCUGAUGAAGUGGGAGAUCCGAAGAACAAAAAAGAUGCAAAAAGCAAUUAUAAAAUGAUGUUUGUCAAAUCCAGUGGUUCCUAACUCCUAGACACCUGGUCUUUGUAUUAAAAGGAAGCCUUACUGUUAUAAUGCACAGUGGAGGACUGCUUAUCGAGCACAGACCUUUGUAUUAUAAUUUUUAAAAAGGCCCUUUUAAAUAACUACAAAGAGUGUUUGCUUUCAAAUGCCUUGGGUUACACUUUUAUGGGCAUGACUAUAACCAUUUUGUAAAGAGUAAGAGUUGUAUAAAUAAGAAAUAAACGCAGUACUCUGCCUCCUUCCAUAUUGGCAUCGGCAGCCCCGACCACCUUUUUACCCCUUCAGAUGCAUUGUGGGAGGGAGAACAAUUACUUUGUUUGUGGUAGCUUCCAUCUUUUAUCUUUGGUUUGUUCCUAUUUUUCUCUUCUAAAAUUUUAUUUGAUACUGUGACAUGUUUGUGAGAAAUGUUCCUUGAUUACACUUGGUUAAAGUAGGACUUUUCAUCAUGGAUAUUUCUGCUGCCAAUCACAGUCUAAAUUAUUGUUGACAAAAGACCAGAUACUUGCUUUACUAACUCAGCUCUUCCCUUCUGGACCAAAGCAGCACACAAGCAAGUACAAACAGCGCUGGCACCUGUUGGGAUGGGGUUCAGCUGUCCUAUUCAGAAUGUUACGAACCCAAGUCCUUAUAUAACUAAUUUCAUUGUAUGUUAAAGUUUUGAUAAAAUUUGGCCAGUUUUUACAGAAGAAAUUAUUUCUCUGAUCAUUUAGUCCUGUAUAUUUAGAAAAUAUGUAAAACUGGAUUUUUUAAGGUACUAUGUGACCAAAGUUCCUUUUCUUCUCCCCCUAAGGUCUAAAUAAAGAGAAAGCAGUUUCCCAUA